CAAAUUGUAAAAAAGGGCGUAUGAAAUUUAGAUAUAAUAUAUGAUCUAUGAACGCAAAAAAAAAGAUACAGAUGCAAGUUGUACGAAAUGUCUCUCUCGUGUCUUCCACACGCGCGCGCACGCACACACACACACACACACACACACACACACACACCACACCACACACACACACACGUUGUAGUCUGUGCCAAUCGGUACCGUGAAAGGAGUGCAUAGAUCAAUACCUAGAGAACGACUAAUGUCAUGCUCCAACUUAAAAGUUAAUAGCUGAAAGAUAAAAAUAUCUUGUAUAUCUCGUGUAACAGAUAUAAGAUAUUUUCUUUCUUCUAUUCUCGCGUGUCGAGAAAGUGGCAUUAGUUAUUCCAGUUCUACGUGUUGAUCGCUAAAUAUUUAAAAAUGAUGUAUAAAUUUUUUGGAAAUUAAACUGUGAUACGCAUGUAGUACGCAUGUCACGUCACGUCGCAUAUUGUACUGACAACAGGAUUUCCAUGUAGUUAUACAUAACGUUAAGUACAAAUGAAAAUUGCUACUGGAAUAACGUAGAUGAAAUAGAAUUUCUAGCAAAUUUGUUAUGAAAUUGUAUUUUUGCCUGUUUUCUCUUUUGUAAUGCACGCCGUGUCGUGGGUGAAAUAGAAUCAUGUGAGGAUAACACGAAGUUAGUUCUGGACCAUGUGUCAGGCGUAUCUUAAUCAGAUUUUUUAAAUGUCAUAAAACUUUGAUUCUCCGAUAUUAUUUUGAAUGUUUUAAUAUUUAUUACGACACAACGUUUACAAGCAGAAUAAUAUUAAUGCAAUUGUGCACUGUACAUAUAUAUUAUAUACAAUAGACGAUAAGAAAGGGGAUUUAAAGCUGCAAUAUGGAGGUUGUUGAGACUUGCUCAAAAAGGAAAAUUCCACCAUGCACCAAAACGACGACAUGUCCAUGCAAGACCAAAUACAAAAGAUACGUGCAGCCCGCACGUGCAAAAUCCUUCGCACCGGAGCGAUUAUACAAGGUACCGUCGAUACAAUUAGAAGACAGAACGACGUAUCACUUGUCUUAUCUAGAUGUGGAUCGCGCAGCGGCGCGUUGCGCGCGGCUGCAACCAUUUCGGCCAGUCCAUAGUCUUCAGAAGAGUACUGCCAAGUUUUUCGACGAAACAACAAACAAAUUGUCCUACAGACCCGUAUGGGAGACCGUUAAAGCAAAACCUAUCUUACCGAAACGCAGACUGCUGAGCACAGGCACGAUUGAAACUGUGACGACAGUCCGUCACGACUACGUGGCGAAACACGUGGAGAGGCCAGAGAUGAUUGUACCCUGCGGAAAUAUUCGCACAAGUUCAGCUCCGUUGGACGACAGAACGAUGGUACGAAUGUCCUACGUUUCUCCAGGGCCUAUUGAACCUGCAAUCAGUUUCAAACCGAUAUUAAAGUACCGUCCGUCAAGUCAACCCCUUCCCAAAGAGACGACGCAAAAACUCAGCUACCAGCCCUUUGUCGUCCUUAAGAAAGAGUUUCAUCCUUGGGCGCAGAAACCGAUGUACAAGCCACCGGACAUCGCGAUGUGCGGCAAAACCACGUAUUCCGAAAGCUAUAUGGAGAACGAUGCGAUUUCCGUGGAGAAGCCCUUCCUUCCCGUCACGACGGAUGUAUUGCCUUACGGCGCGGAAUUUGCGGAUAAAACUAUCUACAAGGAGAGCUAUCUACCGGCUGACGCGGAGCGCGCGGUGCCGAUUGUUCCCUGCGGCAGUAUCUCUGUCUCCGACGCAAGGAUGUCCGCCGAUACGACCAGCAAGCUGAGUUAUCAACGGGUCUGGACCGAGAAGCGGAAACCGUAUCUGCCGCGCACCAGGACCAUGCUGUCGACCGCUAAAAUGCAAUCGGAAACAACGGCCCGUUGCGAGUACGUAGCGAAAACGACGCUACGCCCGGAACUUAUCGUCCCCUCUGAUAAUAUCCGCGCGGCCGACAUACCGCUGGAGGGAGACACGAUUACCGGAUUAUCUUACGUAAAACCCGACGUGAUAAAACCUGUUCGCAGCUACAAGCCCGUUAUGCAAUAUUAUAGGCCGGAAAUUAAGGUCGACUGCGAGACGAUAAAUAAAUUAUCAUACCAAUCGUGGACGCCGAAACCUAAAGAGGUGCUCCCAUGGGCUCAAAAGAGCAAAUAUCGGGCUCCGGAACAUCCGAUGGUCAGCGAUACGGUUUAUCACAUGAGUUAUCCUGUGCCAGGCCAUUAUGUCGAGGACGAUUCGUGCGCGGAGUGUCCUUGUCCGAUCGACGAACAGGAUAACGUUUCGUCUGCUCCGACAGAAGCGUCUUAAAUGUUUUCGGAUUGAAUAGCGCCUGCUGUAGGCUGAAGAUAAAUUGCAAUCUAUUUUGAUAUUAUUUUAUACCUGCAGUGGCCAACGUUUCCUAUUUUUAGAACAAAAACCUCAUUAUGAAUAAAAUUAUUUUAGAAUAAAAAGCAA